UGUUUUGGCUCGUCCGUCGCCGUUGGGCGCUGCAGGAAUAUUAUUUUUGUUUUGAUUUAUAUUCUUCGUUAUUUACAAUAUAAUCUAGUUUCGUACUCAUAUAAUUAUGUUUAUCUACUAAUUUUACAACAAGUUCGAUCAUAAAGCUUAGUUAUAAAUAUGAAUCUCGAGUUGCUAGAAUCAUUUGGACAAAAUUAUCCUGAGGAAUUCGAUGGAACAUUGGAUUCCAUAUCACUAGCAGCUACAUGCGCGUUCAACCGACGCGGAACGCUUUUAGCUGUGGGCUGCAAUGAUGGAAGAAUAUUUAUCUGGGAUUUUCUAACGAGAGGCAUUGCUAAGUCCAUAUCAGCUCAUGUGUAUCCAGUUUGUAGCUUAAGUUGGUCUCGGAAUUGUAAAAAGCUAUUAUCAUCAUCAACGGAUCACAAUGUGUGCAUAUGGGAUGUGCUGUCGGGUGAAUGCGAACAGAGAUACAGGUUUCCCACGCCCAUACAAAGGGUGCAGUUUGACCCACGGAAUGAUAAACGUUUUCUCGUGUGCCCCAUGAGACAUGCAGCUCUGUUGGUUGACACGGACGGUGGCCAUAAGAUACUGCCUAUUGAUGAUGAUGGUGAUAUAAACGUAAUAGCUUCAUUUGAUCGGCGAGGUGAUCAUGUCUAUACUGGGAAUGCAAAGGGAAAGAUACUUAUAUUGGACUCACAGUCUUUAGCAAUUAAGGCAAGCUUUAAAAUCACAGUUGGCACAUCGAGCACGACUGGUAUUAAAAGUAUAGAGUUUGCUAGAAGGGGAGACUGUUUUCUGGUGAACACAUCAGACCGUGUGAUUAGAGUGUACGACACCAACACAGUACUCAAGUGUGGAAUCAAUGGAGAGCCAGAACCUAUACAGAAGUUACAAGACCUUGUCAAUAAGACGACAUGGAAGAAGUGUUGUUUCUCCGGAGACGGCGAGUACAUAUGCGCGGGUUCGGCGCGCCAGCACGCGCUGUACGUGUGGGAGAAGGCCAUCGGCAACUUGGUGAAGAUCCUCCAUGGCACCAAAGGCGAGCUACUGCUGGACGUCGUGUGGCACCCCGUGCGGCCCAUCAUCGCCAGCAUCAGCGCUGGUGUCGUAUCGAUCUGGGCGCAGAACCAGGUCGAGAACUGGUCCGCGUUCGCGCCGGACUUCAAGGAGCUGGACGAGAACGUGGAGUACGAAGAGAGGGAGAGUGAGUUCGACGUGGAGGACGAGGACCGCUCCGUGGACCAGGCGGGGGAGAGCAGGAACGAUGAGGAGGUUGAGGUGGACGUGACGACGUGCGAGCCGGUGGCGGCCUUCUGCAGCUCGGACGAGGAGGGCGAGGACGAGGGGCUGCUCGCCUUCCUGCCCAUCGCGCCGGAGAUCGAGGACCCCGAGGACGGGUGGGCGGCGACGUCGGAGGCGGUGACGCCGAGCGCGACGCCCGAGAAGGCGGAGCCGCCCGCCAAGCGCGCCAAGACCAACACCAUCGACAUCAACCUCAAGAUCGACCCGCCCGAAAACCCACUACCGUUUGGAGGCAAAAAUAAACAAGCGGCAGGAAAUAAGAAAGUUGCCGGCAGACCCAGAAAAUAAAUCGUAUUAUUAUAUUAUAUUUUAAAAUCA